AUGAUUUUUCCUUCUUCAGAAAACAAGAUUUUGGUGAAGCAGUUGCCCAGGCUUGUGGUAUACAACAAUGAGGUCAACCUGAGCUGCAAGUAUACCCACAACCUCUUCUCAAAGGAGUUCCGGGCAUCCCUUUAUAAGGGAGUAGAUAGUGCUGUGGAAGUCUGUGUUGUGAAUGGAAAUUACUCUCAUCAGCCUCAGUUCUACUCAAGUACAGGAUUCGAUUGUGAUGGGAAAUUGGGCAACGAAACAGUGACAUUCUACCUCCGGAAGUUGUUUGUUAACCAAACGGAUAUUUACUUCUGCAAAAUUGAGGUCAUGUAUCCACCUCCUUACAUAGACAAUGAGAAGAGCAAUGGGACCAUUAUCCAUGUGAAAGAGAAACAUCUUUGUCCAGCGCAGCCGACUCCUGAAUCUUCUAAGCCAUUUUGGGUACUGGUGGUGGUCGGUGGAGUCCUAGUUUUCUAUAGCUUGCUAGUAACAGUGGCUCUUUGUGCUUGCUGGAUGAAGAGUAAGAGGAGCAGGAUCCUUCAGAGUGACUACAUGAACAUGACCCCUCGGAGGCCCGGGCCCGCCCGAAGGCACUACCAGCCCUAUGCCCCAGCUCGCGACUUUGCAGCAUACCGCUCCUGACACGGACGCCUAUCCAGAUGCGAGCCGGCUGGCAGCUCUUCACCUGCCCAACACAACUGCUCUGGAUAGGAAAAACCCGCCUCGUCUUCAGCCGGCCACGGGCUCCUUUUAUGGGCUCUUACUAAGCUCCCAUGCCAAUUUUUCUUGAAUGACUAGACCACAUAACAUUAUUUUGAGACUCUGAAGUGUAGUUAAAGAAUAUUACUGUGGCAGGCUCUAUCUUGUCGUGCCAUGACCCAAAUUCCAACUUGCCAUGUAUUUAUUGACUUAAGAGGUUGCAAUAGAAAAAAAAAAGCCGUGGAUUCUGUUAA